UAUCAAAUGACGUCAUUUCAGAAAGGGGAUUAGGUUUCUUUUGCGGGAAUCCUUUUUUCUUUUCGUUUCGGAUUUAUUUUUUGUUUCUCCCUGCCGGUUGUGCUGCUUCCUCCGCCGCUUACCGUUGCCCACCGCCUUCCGUCAUCCUUGCGCGCCGCGUUGACAGUGCCUGCCUCGGCGUCGUCUAGUUUGCCUCAGUUAGCGCCGCGCCGCGCCCAGUCAACAGUUCAGUUUUCCCGCGCAUUUCCUCCAGUGCCGCUGGCAGCCGCGUGCGACGUCUCUGUGGCCUCUAUUCGAGCGACUCCCGUCGAGUUUCUCAAGCAUGAAGAUUGCAACCCAACAUCUCCCUCAAGAGUUGAUAACUGAAAUCCUGUUGAGGUUACCGGUGAAGUCUCUUAUACGCUUCAAGGCUGUGUGCAAGUUUUGGUGCUCUCUCAUAUCCGAUACUCACUUUGCAAGAUCACAUUUUGAACUUGCUCCUCCUAGACUCGUGAUCAAUACCUUUUCUGACAUUUAUACCAUGGACUUAGAUGGAUCGCAUCAAUCUAAUCCUAUUUUUGAAGCAAUAAAUAUUGACCUUUUGCCUAUUGUAGUUCGAGGUUCGUGUAGAGGCUUUCUGCUAUUGGACUGUAAUGGAAGCCUUUGCCUGUUGAAUCCAUCCACACAUGUCAACAAACCAAUACCUUCAUCUUCUCCUAUUUACCCCGAGGGUUUUCCUCAUCUAUGUGGUUUUGGGUAUGAUUCAUCAAAUGAUGACUACUUGGUGGUUCAAGUGUGUGCUGAACCACGGCCCUCACCUCUUUGGUUAGCACAUGUAAAGCUUUUCUCAUUGAGAGCUAAUAUGUGGAAAUAUAUCGAGGGUACCAAUUUGCCUCACAUGAACCUCUCCCGUUCUCGAAGAUCCGAGUUGGUCUUCCACUCUGGUGAUCGGAUACCUGGAUUGCUCUUCAAUGAGGCCAUCCAUUGGUUGGCUUACGAUCGUGAUAAAUUGGUGAAUGUUAUUAUUGCCUUUGAUUUAAUUGAAAAGGCAUUUUUAGAGAUACCCCGACCAGGUGAUCUUGUCCAUGAUUUUUCAUUUUGUAAAUUGUGGGUGCAUGGGAACUUUUUGAGUCUAUCAGUGGUUAGCGAGAACAAUACACUUGAAAUAUGGGUUAUGGAAAAGUACAAAGUACAAUCAUCUUGGACCAAGUCUCUUGUUCUAUCUUUGAGUGGCUCUGCAUGGCAUUUCCCAAUAUGCUCUACAAAGGGUGGUAACAUUGUUAUGUGUGAUAUAUCAAGUGAUAAAGCAAAACUGGUGAAGUAUAGUGAUAAAGGAGAACAGCUGAAGCAUUGGGAGUAUUUUGGUUUUCUAGAAUUUAACGUGCCCAUGUAUACAGAGUCUAUGCUUUCACUCCCUGGUGCCAAUGAGUGAAAUUAUGUUUAAUGAAACUGCUAGCAAACAGCAUAAGAAUGGGUAUGAAAUUA